UUCGACAUUAUUCAGUAUUCACUGAAAUAUAUAUCUGCUCAUUUCCAUGAAUGGUCAUUUCAGAACUAAAGGCAGGCAAGGAUGGCCACCAACACCAAUAAACCUCUCUCUCUGCUCUUCAUUACCUUCCUCUUUUCAGCUCAGCUCCUACAAGGAAUAGAAACCGAAGGAUGGUUAUCUCAAUCCUCAGAUCAAACCCAGAAACAGCAACAACAAAUAAGUUUGGAGGGAAGGAAGAUGAUAGGAUCCACAGCACCAACUUGUACUUACAAUGAAUGCAGAGGGUGUAAACAUAAGUGCAUAGCUGAACAAGUCCCUGUUGAAGGCAAUGAUCCUCUCAAUAGCCCAUACCAUUACAGAUGUAUUUGUCAUAGAUAGAUCAUCAUCAUAUGUGUGUGCUUUGUAACUUUAGGGGACUAUCGUAUUUUGUUUUCUUUUUUUU